AUGCUUUCUCCUACUACGCCUUCUCCUCCUCCUCCUCCUGCUUUACCACCUCCCCUCCUGCUCCCCCCUCCUCUUCCUCCUUUACCAGCUCCACCUCCUCCUCUUCCUCCUUUACCACCUCCCCCUCCUGCCCCU